AUGAUUGUGAGUGCACUUCGUAGGGGCGUGUCUGCGGCCCGCCCUGCAUACCGCCAGGCGCUUGCCACGAGUGUGGCUAGUGCCCCCCGCUGCUAUGUGACUGCGACUGCGCAGUCGCCUAUGGCGACGAUCCUCGAAGAGGAGCGCGGCAAGCGCAGUGGCGGUCGUGUGGCGAAUGCCGACGCCGAUGGCGACGCCCUCCCUGUGACCAACGAGGAGAUCUUCAGUCGUGUACUUGAGACUGAGGACAAGCUGCGUCCUGCUGAGCGCCCCAUCUACCUCGAUGCGCAGUCCACCACGCCGGUCGACCCCCGUGUGCUGGACGCCAUGAUGCCGUUCUACAUGGACCAGUACGGCAACCCCCAUUCGCGCACGCACGCCUAUGGCUGGGAGUCGGAGUCCGCUACCGAGUCGGCGCGCAAGCACAUUGCCGACUUGAUUGCGGCGGACCCCAAAGAGGUCAUCUUCACGUCGGGUGCCACCGAGUCGAACAACAUGUCGCUCAAGGGUGUGGCGCACUUUUACCAUUCGAAGAAGAACCACAUUAUCACGACGCAGACGGAGCACAAGUGUGUGCUUGACUCGUGCCGUGCCCUCCAGGAGGAGGGAUUCGAGGUGACCUACCUGCCGGUGCAGGAGAACGGCCAGGUGGACCUGGACCAGCUCAAGCAGGCGCUGCGUCCUACGACCGCGGUGGUGUCGAUCAUGACCGUCAACAACGAGAUCGGUGUGAUUCAGCCCAUCAAGGAGAUUGGCCAGAUGCUCAAGACCUACGGCCACGACCUCGCCAAGGAGCUGGGCAAGGGUACGCCCAAGCCCUUCUUCCACACCGACGCCGCGCAGGCCCUCGGCAAGAUCCCGAUCGACGUGAACGAGGCCGGGAUCGACCUGAUGUCCAUGUCGAGCCACAAGCUGUACGGCCCCAAGGGCAUCGGCGCCUGCUUUGUGCGCCGUCGCCCGCGUGUCCGUCUGGAGCCGCUGAUCAGCGGUGGUGGCCAGGAGCGUGGUCUGCGCAGCGGUACGCUCGCGACUCCCUUGGUUGUGGGCUUUGGUGAAGCCGCGCGCCUCGCCAAGAACGAGAUGGCGUACGACCAUGCGCACAUUUCCGCCCUCUCGAAGCGCCUGCGCGACAAUAUCAUGUCGCGCGUCGAGAUGGUGCUUUUGAACGGCGACCCCGAGGGCUACCCCGGCUGCAACAACCUCACGUUCCAGUACAUUGAGGGCGAGUCGCUCCUGAUGGCCCUCAAGGACAUUUGUCUGUCGUCGGGCUCGGCUUGCACCUCUGCUUCGCUCGAGCCGUCGUACGUCCUGCGUGCGCUCGGCCUCGACGAUGCCAACGCGCACUCGUCGCUACGCUUCGGUAUUGGCCGCUUCACCACCGAGGAGGAGAUCGACUUUGUGUGCGACAAGAUCGUGGCGGUCGUCAACCGCCUGCGCGAGCUUAGCCCGCUGUGGGAGAUGGUCCAGGACGGUAUUGACUUGAAGACCAUCGAAUGGUCGGGAUGA